GGAGAGAGGAAAAACAUCAGGAUUGGAGCUUCCGGAAAAAGGUCGCAAAAUCUAUGCUGGCUCUGCUACCGAAUGCGUCGAAUUUGUCUUGGAAAAGAUGUUAUACUCCGGUGUUAUUACUGUUUCUUAAGAACUAUUGAAAGGUAGGCCUAGCAGCAGACAGAAGCAUCAAUUCUGUCAGAGGAGACCGAUACAGUAAAUAUGAGUGUGAAAGCAUUUGAACUUGUCCCAGCAAUAGAGAGGUUGCAAUUGUUAGGUGACAAAGCCAAGACUUCGAGGAAGCCUAUUGCCCAGUUGAAGGCGGCCUCAGCAUUGACCAGGAUCUUGGUGCUUUGUGAUAAUGUACUUACUCUACUUAAUAUGUUCAAUCUGGAACCAAUACUCUCUGGAGCCAAGAUUAAAGGGGUGACAUCAUUUACUGUUAAUGAGAACCCAACAAGUAGUAAUCCUUUUGCAAUUGAGGUUUGUGUAGCAACACGUAAGAAAUGCAUCCAGCUGUACAGCAUCACGGAAGAUAAGAUGAACUUAAUGAAAGAAGUAACAAUACCUGAUACACCAGUUAUAAUGAGUAUGGAUCGCUACUGUGUCUGUGUUGCCAUGGCAACAGAGUACUGCCUUGUCGACAGUAACACUUUGCAGGUUACUGACCUCUUUCCAUAUGAACACGAGACUUCAGCUCCAGUUGUGAAAAGAGUAGGCAAGGAGGAGUUUCUACUAUCUGGGCCAGGUGCUUUGGGAAUGUUUGUAACAUCAGCUGGGAUGUCACAGCGCCCUCCUUUGAAGUGGUCUGAAUCUGUGUGUGGUGUUUGCUACGCAUUUCCAUAUAUCGUUGCUUUAGACGAUGAGUUUUUAACAGUACAUAGUGUCCUAGACCAACAGCAAAAACAGACUAUUCCAUUUUCUGGUGGGAAAAUUCUAGGGGAUUACGAUGGCAAAAUAUAUAUAGCAUCCAGUAAAGAAGUAUAUUCAUUGGUGCCAUUACCAGUUGAAAAGCAGAUCUCAGCUCUGUUAGCAGAUAAGAGGGUAGAAGAAGCACUAACACUGGCAAAGAAUGCAAGAAAAACAGGAUUAAGUAAAGAAAUGUUUAGAAGGAUGUAUGUUCGUAUUCAACAACAAGCAGGGUUUAUCAAGUUAGCUCAAUAUGAAUUCGAAGAAGCAUCACAGUUAUUUAAGGAUGGAGCACUUGAUGUCAGGGAGUUAAUAAGCUUGUUUCCAAACCUUCUCCCGGGCAGUACAAGCUUCAACCGCAGCCUUCCACCUCUCCAUGACUUCGCUGAUAUUAAACAAAUUGUUCGCAGCGAUAAAGUUAAACUUGCCGAAUGUAAAGUAUUCCUUAUCACCUUCCUGGAAAAUGUUAGAGGAACACCUCUCACAAUUGGUAUGAAAGAGGAUGUUGAUACUACACUAAUGAAACUCUAUGCAGAGUGUGACCUCAUAAAGCUACAGAAGUUAGUGUCAACAGAAAAUUCCUGCAAACUUGAAGAUAGCUUUAGUAUACUAGAAAAGAACAAAUGCCACCAUGCCCUUGCCACUCUCAGUCGUUACCAUGGAGAUAAUGAAAGUGCUCUUCAGAUAUGGGUCAAGCUAGUCGAUGGCCAGCUACAAGACAAUAGCUUCCCUGGGUUUGACUUCGUGAUUGACUUUAUGUCAGUAUUAAGUGACCAUGAAUUACUGUGGAGGCAUGUUGAUUGGGCGUUAACAAAAGACCAGGAUAAGGCUGUCAAGGUUUUUACUGAAAGGCCAGCAACAGAGACAUCAAGUGAACGUCUACGACCCGAUGAUGUCAUAGCCUUUCUACAUUCAUACCCUAAGGCAGUAAUAAGAUAUUUAGAAUUUUUAGUCUUCACCAAAAAUUUGGAGCAAACCUACCGAAUCUUUACAUCUGGACUUCUCCCUCACCCCCUUCCUAGCUCUUCUGUGACACACUCAAUUCUGGAUUUCUCUUCGCUGCCACCAUCAGGAAACGUUGUUAGUGCUAUCACGACAUUGACCAAUAAGGAAGCCAAGAAAAUCAUGCGAGUAUCUCCUUGCCCUCCAUAUUGGACAUUGUCUUAG